UCUUCAACUAUGCCACCUCCACCACCUCCAUCGAAGUCAUACCUCUUAGUCCUGGAUUCGGAUUCAUCAUCGGACGAAUCGGAGGAUGAAAGCUACUUUCAGCAGCAAUACAACAGGACAUUUGAAAACAUAAAUACGGUYGCUCCUCCUCAAGUUCUGGAUACGAAGAACAAUAUUAAUGGAAGGGUCAAUAAUGAUUUUUCCAGUCUAUCAUUGGUCGACGAAAGCAAGAACGACCAAAACCAGCAAGACAGCAGCAGUACAAAGCUAACUAAGAAUCAAAAGAAAAAUCAAAAAAAGAGACUUCAACGAAAGAAAAAGAAAAAGGCCGCUAAGCAGAAGGAAGCGAACACCCUCAAAGGGGUGUCUUUUUCUGACGUCUCAAUACGAGAAUUCCCUAGGGCUUUCAGCACGGAUACAGUACCAGCGCAUGGUGGAUGGCCGUUAGGAAUGAAACUUGAAGGUCACGAAGACCUUGACCAAAUUCCACUAGACGAAUAUGAAACGAGCAAACAAAAACGAUUGCAUGAGCGAUGGACUACCAUGUUAUCUGCGAGAGACAAGAAAGUGCCUGGAUCACCGAAGUCUCCGUCGAAAAAGUCUUCGCCUUCGUCGAAGAAGAAAAGCGAUCCUGUCGCACCUUUUGAUGAGAAAGUUAUCCAAAUGGUCGGUGCAGGCGCUGCAUGCGGCGAAAGUUGCAGUGAGGAGAAUUGCAAUGUUGUGUACGAGACUCGCCAGUGGGACUACAAAUCACGGAUUAAAAACCCGAUUUUUCGAUCUGUUUCCGAAGACGAGCGCCACGCAAUUUUUCUCGACGCUAGUGAGUUCACGUGUAGUGAGAUCCAAAAACAUGUCAACAACAGCAACAGCGUUCGAAGAGCGCGCUCAAAUUCGAUCGGUAAUCAUAACCAUAACAGCAACAACAACAGGCGGUCACGUUCCAAUUCUGUAGGCAACCACGACCUGGGGAACAGCAUGAAGGGGAAGUUUAAUGAGGAAUACAAUCAAGCAAUGGUCCAUCAUGUUCGCAACGAACUCGAGCAAAUACGAUUCGAACGCAAUAAAUCCGGUGCCACGGGAUGUAACUGUCGCAAACUAGUCGUCUACCUUCCGCCAUCAGACGGAAGUGGCGGGAAAAAAGCUCAGCAUCGACGUCUGAAACCUAGCAAGCUCGUUCAAGAACUCAAGAAAAGGAACCUCUAUGAUUCAAAAGUUGCCUCAUCAUCUAGGGAACAAAUGGAAAAGAUUUUGCACAAGGCUGUCGAAAAAGAACCUUGCUGCAAGGACGCGGAUUGYUUUUGUGUUCGAAACGGAAUCAACUGUCAGGCCGAUGCUUGUUCGUGUUGGCAUGACUCCCAUGUUCAUCCGAAACACAGUAGCGGCAGCGACGGCCGCGGUCUGACCAACGACGACAUUCGAACGCGGUGCGGCAAUCCUUUGGGAACCUACCUGGUGGAAACGGAGGCAAUCGAAGCCUAUCGAACAAACAUCUUAAAGGCACAAAAWCUGCAGAUGGAAUAAUGGAUAUWURGGCGGCAUCAAUUGCAUCAACUCACAGGCCCUCGGUUCGUGGUAWMCCUGGUCUCCUUAMAAGAAUACAAGUGCGCCCGUACUGAGUAAAUUCAAAAUGAUKUC